UAUUUCAAAAGGUCCUUCGAUCAACCCGGAAGUGUAGUUUUCACGUGUGUUUGUUUACACGCCGUGUUACAUUUGAUAUCUGUGUUGUUUUUCAUAUUUAUGAGCUGUUGUAAAUUUGUACCGCAUUUUAAUAAAGACACACACAGAAUAGUCGUUUGUUUUUUGAUUAUAAACCAAAGAAGAUGAAGGUUGUCGCGCUUAUAAGCGGGGGCAAGGACAGCUGCUACAACAUGAUGCAGUGUGUCGCCUCGGGUCACGAGAUUGUAGCACUGGCAAAUCUGCGUCCCGCUAGCACAGAUGAGUUGGACAGCUACAUGUACCAGACAGUGGGUCACCAGGCCAUAGACCUGUAUUCGGAGGCCAUGGAUCUGCCCCUGUACAGACACACCAUCCAGGGCUCCAGCCUGGCCAUCGGUAGGGACUACAGCCAGACAGAGGGAGAUGAAGUGGAGGACCUAUUUCAGCUGCUGCACCUGGUCAAGGAAAAAGAGGCUGUGGAGGCAGUGUCUGUAGGGGCCAUUCUGUCCGACUACCAGAGGGUCCGUGUGGAAAAUGUGUGUCUGCGUCUGGGCCUGACGCCCCUGGCCUACCUGUGGCGCCGCGACCAGGACUCUCUGCUGUCCGACAUGAUCUCCACUGGCCUCCACGCCAUUCUCAUCAAAGUUGCCGCGUUCGGCCUGGAUCCAGACAAACACUUGGGGAAACCGUUGGCAGACAUGCAGCCUUAUCUGAGACAGCUAUCCGAAAAAUACGGCGUCCAUAUAUGUGGUGAAGGUGGAGAGUAUGAGACCUUCACCCUUGACUGUCCUCUUUUCAAGAAGAAAAUUGUGAUCGAUGCGAUGGAGACCGUCAUCCACUCGGCAGAUGCCUUCGCUCCGGUCGGCUACCUGCGCUUCACCCAGAUGCACGUCGAGAACAAACACGCCGGGGAGGAGGCAGGCCCCGUGGCCCGCGCUGGCUGUCCUUGCCAGGAGGCCUGUGACAACAAGACGGAGGAGGUGGAAUAUGCUGAUCAAGCGCCAGACAAGCGGCAGGAAUUUGCAUCAAAUUGUGGCCUCGCUUGUCAGCAGGGCCAUGGGCUGUCCCCGACCUGGUCACCCAAGACCCCUGGUGGUUAUCAGUGGAUCACCGGCAUCACCGGGCAGCAGAGGCCAGAGGCCGGGAUACUGGCCCAGACCAACGCAGCCUUCAGCCUGCUGCGAGCUGAGAUGGACACCCAGGGCUGGCAGAUGAAUCACAUAGUCCUGGUUCACCUGUAUGUCCGAGACAUGGCGGACUUUGCUGCUCUCAACACCGUAUACAAGAAGCACUUUGACGUCAACCCGCCAUCCAGGGUGUGUGUCCAGGCUCCCCUGGCCGGCACACAGCUGCUCCAGAUGGACUGUCUCCUCCACCACUGCAGCCAACCCUUAGAGGACGGCUUCCUCAUCCAGAGAGAGGCCCUCCAUGUCCAGAGCCUGUCCCACUGGGCUCCAGCCAACAUCGGGCCGUACAGCCAGGCCCUGAGGGUGGGCGACUGUGUGUUCUGCGCGGGUCAGAUCGCUCUGGUUCCCUGCACCAUGGAGCUGGUGAAGGCAGGCCCCAGGGCCCAGGCCCGCAUGGCCUUCAGCCACAUGAGGAAGGUGCUGGAGGCCGUCACCAGCGGCCUCACCCUGGGACACGUCCUCCAAGCCCACUGCUACGUCACCAAGCACCGGGACGUCAAAACGGUGCGGGACGUCUGGGACGACCUGCUACGGACCGCAGACGAGGAGGAUCUUCUGAGUGAGCAACAUGGUGGCCGCUUAUUGGUUGCCGUGGUUCCCGCCCUUCCCAGGGGAGCAGCCGUCGAGCUCCACGCCACCGCCGUCCGGGACAACCCCGCGGGGGACAGGACUUCCUGUCAGCUGACCUCCAAGGUGGCGUGCAUGUCGAUAGAGAGCCACGCGGUGGUGUCUGGCGAUAAACAGAACGCCACCCUCUCCCUGUCAGUUUUCCCGACCGUGCCGGGCCCCGAGGCCGCCGGGCCCCAGGCUGCCGGGGCCCUACUGGAGGCUGUCGGGGCCACCCUCGGAGACGCCCUGAAGAAGAUGACGGCCUAUGGGCUCGUGGCGCUCUGUGCCAGGCUCUUCUACACACAUGACCACCCUCUGGCCAAUCAGGUUGCUGCAGGUCUCGGUGACUGUUUAAGAACCUCUCUCGACCAGUCCAGUCCAGCGCUUGCCUUGGUUCCAGUUCUGGACUUGUCCGACUCCAGGAUCCUCCAUCUGUCCUGCUGGCUUAGUGCGUAGCCGGAGAGGCCCUCUUCAGCCAGGCCACGGAUCUUUACUGCUCAACCAAAUAAUCUGAUUUCCUUGAUGCCUUCUAACCAAACACACGCAAAUGUGGAGGAAACGCUCAAGAAGCUCCAUGAUAUGGAUUAUUAAUCAUUUUGCUGGACGGUUGGCAUGCACAUAUGUGUACAUGCCCCAGUGGUACUUAUGAUGUGUGUGUAUCAGUAUGUGUUCACUGCAGUGCCUGUCUGGGCAGCUAUGGCAGGAAUUCAACCGCUGCUCCAGCAGAGGUCCCUAAUGCUGCAGCUGUUACUGCCGGGGGAGCAACAGCUCCGGGGGGGGGGGGGGGGGGGGGGUAGCUUAUAGGAUCUAAAACAAAGAGAGAUACCUGCAUUGUCCCAAAAAGACUGCAUUAAAAUGUCUAUUCCUGAACACCCCUGCUGUGUCUGUUACACUCUUUUAACUCACCGCCUCUGCCCCCCCCUCUCCCCCUCCUCUCAACCCUUCCGCCCUCAUAAAGGCCCGACACCAUCUGGUCACCGAGAGGUAAAUCUAUAGGUUUACUCGUUGACUGAUGGUGGUUGGGUGCAUGGAGGAGGGGGGGGGGGAUAUGUUGACUGUCCCUCCCUGUCGUGCUCCACAGGACCUGGGUGUGUCAUUAUCGCGUAAUAGGCAAUCAACACGGAGCACCUGAAAAGAUUAAUCGUCUUUAUGCUCGCCAUCGAUUCUCGGGGGCUAGGUCGGUUAAUGGUAGAGGGUGGCCACCACAUACAGCUGCAGGGAAAGGGUGUGUGUGUGUGUGUGCGUCCGUGUGUGUGUAUGGUUGCGUGAGACUGAUAGGGGGGUGUGUUUGUAUUGACAUGGCGUGAGGGAGAAAACAACACUAUUAGCCAUUGCUCCUGGAGUAUUUCUCCUUUCAAAGAUCAUGAAUGGUAUUGACGAGGUGAAUUGGCGUGCAUCUUCUCCACCCAGCCACGCCCCGUUAUUCUGGUCAUUGUGCUUCUGAAAGCAGCAACAGAGUGCUCUAUUGAUCUGUACCCGACUUGAUGUGUUUACAUUGUUGCUAUCAAAAAAGGUUACAAUAGAUGGAGGCUCGCAAGCCAGAGCAAAGGGAUUUUUAUCCAGGGUUGAAAAGAGUAGCAAUGUGCUGUUUAUGUAUCGAACUAGUUCAACCUUAAAUGUAUGUGGCAUGUACUAAUGUUUGUACAUUUGGCUUUGAAGGACCUGAAUGUUGGAAAUUGCCCUUAUGACCUGCUGGCUUUGGUCCAUUUUUUUUUUUUUGGAAUAGUUAUUUAUAUGCCGCCUUUAAUAUAACAGUGCUACACAUAAUAUCUGAGAUGUGGCAGCCAGGAACAAAAACAUAAAAUAUGUCGGUUUUGUUAACACAUUGACUACUCAGAGACGAGGAGUUGCCUUUUCAGUUUUUUUCCUAAAUGAAUGAAGACAGGGUGACAUUUAGCUCUUGUUUUGUGUUUGUACAAGGUACAGUUUAUUCCAUGUUGACCUGAAACCGCUGUAUGCACAGCGUUAGCGGUCGUGGCUAACAUUGUCCCUUUGUGCAUGCAGUCCCUGUCACCUCCCCGCGGCCCUUGUCAUUGUGGCCUGGCACAUGGACCUCAACUGAGUGUGUCCUCCUCUGGGGCAACCCAGGCUGAUGUCUGUGACUCCCUGUCCCUCUGGCAGUAGACUCAUGGGGGAAGCCAUACAGUCACUUUGUGCAGAGGUCUCCCAGGUCCAUACUCUUUUUGACAUUGCUAUGUAUUGUGUGCGGGUUUGUGUACUACUGUGUAGUUUUAUGAAAGCCUGUAGUAAUUUGUCUCCCUCUCCUCGCUAUUGUGUGGUGUUUGUUGCCCCCCUGUGGUCAAUUUCAUUUCUACAAUUUAGUUUCCGUCUGAUCCUUCUCGAGUUGUCCUUCUUUUGUUGCAUAUAUACGAAAGUAUAGUUUAAAAAUGUUUUUACGAUUCUUUAAAUAUGUAUCUUAGAUAUGUUUUAUGUAUUUGGUGGUAUUAUCAAUCAUCUUGAUAUGAACCGAAAGGAGAAGCCUACAAUCUCUUACAUUAUUAUUGUGCUGUAGUAAACAUCUCAAAAUACAAACGUUUUUCUUUCAAACGAAUGGAUUUAUUAAAAUCAAUUUAUUUUA